AAUUUCGGCAUACUUUAUCAACGUUGCGCACAAUCCAAGUGGAGAAGUGAAGAUGAAGUGGACAGCGUUUCUUGUGGCCGCGGUGAUGGCGGCUGUGCAGGUGCAGGCCAAGGACGACCUCCCGCCUGACGCGCAGCUGCGCAUCGGCGUGAAGCACCGCCCCGAGGAGUGCACCAUGAAGAGCCAACUGGGUGACACGCUGUCCAUGCACUACACGGGCACAUUGCGCAAGGACGGCUCCAAGUUCGACUCGAGCCGGGACCGCAACCAGCCCUUCGAGUUUCCGCUCGGUGCUGGCCGCGUCAUUAAGGGCUGGGACCGAGGACUUGUGGACAUGUGCAUCGGUGAGAAGCGUCGUCUAACGAUCCCGUCGGACCUGGCCUACGGCGACCGUGGCUCGCCUCCGAAGAUCCCCGCCAAGGCGACGCUGGUUUUCGACGUUGAGCUGCUCGACAUCAAGCGCAAGACCGACGAGCUGUAGAUAAUCGGAAGUGUCCAUUACAACACUUAUCGACAGUAUAUGCAUCUUCACAGCAGAUAAGCUGGCGGAUGAUUAAAUGACAGUUUACUUAAGUGUCCAAUGUUCGGC